GGGGGUUGUAGUUCGCCAGGCUGAGCGCGUCCGGUUGAUCCCGAGGGAAAUAGAAGCAAUGCGAACUACAGUUCCCGGCGGCACUGAGGGGGAUUAGCGCUAAAGGGAAAAGAGCCGGGUCUGGUUGGGCUGACAGAAGUGCAACAUGUCUGGGAAAGUGAAGGUGCGAGCGGCGGCCAAUGCCGAGUCCAUGUCUGGGGCCGUGUCUGUCAAUGAGCGGAUCCUGCGGGACUGUCACUCCUUAUACAGCGACCCCGAGACCGGUCUCAUCUCUCUCGCCUCCCACCUGGGAAUUUCUUUCCUGCCCCCCCGCAAGAAGAUCUUUGUGAUGCUGAUGGGGAAUCACUCGGCCGGGAAGAGCAGCUUCAUUAACUGGUAUAUCGAGGAACACAUACAGAGGACGGGAGUUGCCAUCGAGACCCAGGGAUUUGCCUUUAUAACCAGCGGCCGCAAGAGGGAAUCACUGACGGGUGAUGCCACAAUGCACUUGUACCCGCACUUCAAACCCUUACAGUCGUUUGAGGGUGUUUCCGAAUACCUCUCUACGGAAAUCUCCACCUCCCGCCAGAAGAAGUUCAGUUUGGUGACAUUCGUGGAUACCCCGGGCCUGGUGGACGGGGACAUGAAAUAUCCCUUUGAUGUCAACAAAGCCCUUCUGUGGCUCGGGGAGCUGUGUGACCUGGUUCUGGUUUUCUUUGACCCAAUGGGCCAGGCCCUCUGCAAACGAACGCUGGAUAUAGUGGAGAAGAUUAACGAGCAUCACGGGGAGAAGCUCCGAUUCUAUCUGAGUAAAGCAGACGAGGCUGGGGGAGAGAGUGACCGACAGAGAGUCCUCAUGCAGAUCGUUCAGGAGUUGUGCAAACGGCCCGGACUGAACAAGUGCGGCUUUGAUAUGCCAACUGUCUAUAUACCCAACCCCAACAAGCCCAGCCGCUGUGUCAAUCAGAUAGAAGAGGUGUGCCAGACCAUAGAGAAGACCAUCACCCAGACAGUCCAGAGCACCCUCAACACCCUGGGGAGAGACUGCCAGAGACUGACUGACAGCAUCCAGGCCAAGCUACAGGAAGAUGAUGAAACCAUCAGCAGCAACCGGCGUGCCCGACUUCGAGGCUGUAUGUUUGGCCUGAUGGGAUUAAUGAUUCCACUUUUCCUAUUGGCCUCGGCCCUAUUUGGCACCAUCCCUGAGGAGAUCUGGCACUCGAUGCUGGGGAGAGAUGGAGCCGAAGCUCUGGCACUCUAUCUGUCCCCUCUGCAGUCCGUGUGGUCGGUGCUCCCGGAGGGUUACGUGGCCCAUGUGUUUGUGACGUUGGCCAUCUUGUCUGUGGUGUUUGUGCUAGUGGCCCAGAGGUGUUUCAGGACCCGUGAGACUCUGAGUAAGAAGCAGCGCCGGUACCUGCUGGAUCGUCAUGCCUAUGUCACUGAUGUGGUGUCCCACAAUAAGAAGCAACUCUAUGAGGAUUAUCUGAAGCAGAGCGUUGGGGAGCAUGACAUGAGCUGAUUGGCUGUUGGAACCACCCGUCUCUUGUGGCACUCGGGAGGGCCGUUGGCUCCCCAUGCCUUUUCCACCAUUGACCUCAACCUGAGAACCAGAGGGGCAUCAAUGCUCUGACUUACCUCAUGAAAUAACCUUUUACAGAUUCCUCUACCCUUUAUAUUCCAACUAGAACUGGUGCUACUGGGCUUGUGUCUGACAUUUGUCCUGGAGCAACUUGUCAACCUAAAGACUGGACUUCAGUUUGGUAAUCCACGUCUACUCUAUCCCCUCGCCCUACAGACUGGACGUCAGUUGGGUAACCCACGUCUACUCUAUCCCCUCGCCCUACAGACUGAACUUCAGUUGGGUAACCCACGUCUACUCUAUCCCCUCGCCCUACAGACUGAACUUCAGUUGGGUAACCCACGUCUACUCUAUCCCCUCGCCCUACAGACUGGACGUCAGUUGGGUAACCCACGUCUACGCUAUCCCCUCACCCUACAGACUGGACGUCAGUUGGGUAACCCACGUCUACUCUAUCCCCUCGCCCUACAGACUGGACUUCAGUUGGGUAACCCACGUCUACUCUCCUCCCCUAGACCUACAGACUGGACUUCAGUUGGGUAAUCCACGUCUACUCUAUCCCCUCGCCCUACAGACUGGACUUCAGUUGGGUAACCCACGUCUACUCUCCUCCCCUAGACCUACAGACUGGCCUUUAACUGGGUAACCCACGUCUACUCUCCUACCCUCGCCCUACAGACUGACCUUUAACUGGCUAACUCACAUCUACUCUCAUCCCCUAGACCUACAGACUGGCCUGUAGUUGGGUAAUCCAUGUCUACUCUCCUCGCCUCGACCUACAGACUGACCUUAAACUGGGUAACCCACAUCUUCUCUUCUGCCCUUGACCUACAGACUGGUCUUUAACUGGGUAACCCACGUCUACUCUCCUCCACCUACAGACUGGCCUUUACCUGGGUAACCCACGUCUACUCUACUGCGCUCAACUUACAGACUGGCCUGUAGUUGGGUAACCCCCAUCUACUCUACUCCCCGCUACCUACAGACUGACCUUUAACUGGGUAACCCACUCCCCUCAACCUACAAUUGGUCUUUAACUGGGUAACCCACGUCUGCUCACGUCCCCUCGACUUACAACUGGUCUUUAACUGGGUAACCCACGUCUACUCUCCUCCCCUCGACCUACAGACUGGACUUCGUAUGGGUAACAUGUCAACUCUAUCCUCUCGCUCUACAGACUGGACUUCAGUUGGGUAACCCACGUCUACUCUAUCCCCUCGACCCCACAGACUGGACUUCAGUUGGGUAACCCACAUCUACUCUCCUCCCCUAGACCUACAGACUGGCCUGUAGUUGGGUAACCCAUGUCUACUCUCCUCCCCUAGACCUACAGACUGGCCUGUAGUUGGGUAACCCACGUCUACUCUCCUCCCCUCAACCUACAGACUAACCUUAAACUGGGUAACCCACAUCUACUCUUCUGCCCUUGACCUACAGACUGGUCUUUAACUGGGUAACCCACGUCUACUCUCCUCCACCUACAGACUGGCCUUUACCUGGGUAACCCACGUCUACUCUACUGCGCUCAACUUACAGACAGGCCUGUAGUUGGGUAACCCCCGUCUACUCUACUCCCCGCUACCUACAGACUGGCCUUCAGUUGGGUAACCCACGUCUACUCUACUCCCCUUGACCUGCAAUUGGUCUUUAACUGGGUAACCCACGUCUACUCUCCUCCCCUCGGCCUACAGACUGGACUUCAGUUGGGUAACCCACGUCUACUCUACUGCCCUCGACAUACAGGUUGGCCUUUAUCUGGGUAACCCACGUCUACUCCCCUCAACCUACAGACUGGUCUUUAUCUGGGGAACCCACGUUUACUCUACUGCCCUCGACCUACAGACUGGCCUUUAACUGCGUAACCCACAUCUACUCUACUAUUUGUUACAGUGAGUCUCUUGUUACAGAGACUCGGAGCUCCGCCAUUGAUAUGAACCCUCCUUCCCAUAAGCCACAAACACUACUGCAUUGCAAAGGAAUGGCGACUGUGUAUAGUGAUACUGAGCGCUGUAGUAUAUUGGGGUAGCGGCUCCUCUCAUAGAUUUCCUAGUGCCUUUUGUUUUUUUAUGUUAACAACUGUGAAACCUGCCAGUCUUCUAACUGCCAGUAUUGGGGGUGAUGUUGCCAUGUAGCAGUCUGUGAUGUUUUUGCUUUUGUACAACAAAUAAAUAAUUUUCGGACGCCC